AGUUCAUCCUCUAAAAUAUUUUACUUAGACCGGAGAGGAGAAUCCGAGAACCUAUACAGCCAUGGAUUAGCAGCAGAAGAAACGUAUAUGCAAUUUGCUGCAUUGGUGGAGGGAAUCCCCUGUUAAACCCGAAAUAAGAAAUUUUCAUUUACAAGGCUUUAAUAAAUAAUCAUUGCAGGAUAGGAUUGAUUAUGCAUUAUGGCGAUGGUGACGGUAAACAAUAGUUUUCUGUCAUGGAGACCUCCUCCUUUUCCGUUACCGAUAUCUUCAAUAAACAUAUCUGGAAAGAAGAUUAGGGUUAGCUGCAGUUUUCAGAGUACUUCCAUUGGUUACUCUUUCUGCCCUCAGGUUAAAGAAGCUGUGGAGGCUCUUUAUCCAUUAUUUCAAGAAGUAGAUAACUUGGUAGCUUUUAAUACAAGCCGGGUAUUGAAAGCUUACAGAAAUGCCCGAGUUGGAACUCAUCACUUUGGGGGUUCUACUGGCUAUGGACACAAUGAAGCAGGUGGUCGUGAAGCGCUUGACAGUGCUUUUGCAGAGAUUGUGAAUGCAGAGUCUGCAAUUGUUCGUACACAGUUCUUCUCUGGUACUCAUGCCAUAGCCUGUGCACUCUAUGCCAUCCUAAGACCAGGGGACGAACUUUUAGCAGUGGCAGGUGCUCCAUAUGACACACUAGAAGAAGUCAUUGGAAUUCGGAACACUCCUGGUCAAGGAUCUCUAAAGGAAUUUAAAGUUUCCUAUAGAGAAUUGCCGCUCGCAGGAGAUGGCAGUGUGGAUUGGGAUGCACUUGCAACUGCAGUGAAGCCACAAACAAAAUGUGCUUUGAUACAGCGUUCCUGUGGAUAUGCAUGGCGACGUAGCUUAAGUAUAUCUGAUAUCAGGAAAGCAAUAAAUAGUAUCAAGAAGCAAAAUCCGGAAUGUGUGGUCUUUGUGGACAACUGCUAUGGUGAAUUUGUUGAGAGCAUGGAGCCAACUGCUGUGAUGGCUGUACAAACAAGUCGGUCUUAUCUGUGGCAGGGUGCAGAUAUCAUUGCAGGAAGCCUGAUUAAGAAUCCUGGAGGUACCAUAGCACCUUGUGGAGGCUAUGUAGCUGGGAAAGAUAAAUGGGUCAAAGGAGCAGCAGCUCGUCUUUCUGCUCCAGGCAUAGGUAUAGACUCAGGGGCAACCCCGGGAGGCAUCAUGCGCUUGCUCUUUCAGGGUUUAUUUUUAUCCCCUCAAAUGGUCGGGGAGUCAAUUAAGGGAAGUCUUCUUGUUGCUGAUGUUAUGGCGGCAGAAGGUUAUAAAGUGCAGCCUCUUCCUCGGGUGCCUCGUCAUGAUGUCAUACAGGCAGUCCAGUUGGGAAACCGGGAACGUCUCUUGGCAUUUUGUGAGGCUGUCCAAAGAUGUUGUCCUGUUGGAUCCUAUAUUAAACCUGUAGCUGGUUCAACCCCUGGAUAUGCAUCUGAGGUAGUCUUUGCAGAUGGUACAUUCAUAGAUGGAAGUACAAGUGAGCUGUCAUGUGAUGGGCCAUUGAGAGAUCCAUUUUCAGUCUUUUGCCAGGGUUGUACGCAUUGGACUCAAUGGGCAUUGGUUAUGGAGGAGGUUUUGAAAUCAAUCUAAACAUAUGGGUUUGCAAGACGCCUAAUUCCGUUUAUUUGCAAGGAGAAAUUGUGUGUCAAACAGUCAAGAAAAAGUUUGACAUGGACUUUGGAGCCAAUUUUGAUGUUGUGAACUGCCACCAAUGAUAUAUUAGAGAAUUGAAUUGAUUCGUUGA